AUGUACGCAAAGACGUACCCGUCUCUGAAUCCAGUUGUCGACCCUGUUGCCCGCCAGCGACUGGUUCAUGCAACAGCCCCUCCCGUUCUUGCAGGCUCGGCGAUCGACGACGAAUUGCUGCUUUGUGCGAUAAUGGAACGUCAGCUGCGCGAGAUUGAAGCGCAACAUGGUAUCUUGACGCGUCGUGAAGUCCUAGCGGCUGUGAUUCGUGAACAUGCGAUCAAGAGUGAGCAUGCGGCUGCGGAGUACCCGUCGCUGUUUGCUGCUGCUAUCACGCCGGGAGUGUAG